CGCUUUCCUCUACAGCACAACCUGCUAUUUAAUGCAGAGAGCAUUGUAAGUGCUUACCACAAGAGCCAGAUUCAACCUCUCUCUAUAAACCUCAUAAUUCUUCGAGCUUUAUCCCCGGCUAUAAAAUCUCAUCCUCUGGAAGAAAGGGAAAAAAAAAAUCGCACUAUUUUGCUAUCUGUCACAACAGGAUUGUCGGUACAUUAACAGAUUACAUUCUGGGUUUCAGGCAGAUUUUGCAGGAUUUCAUUUGCUUAAAAGGCCACUCUGACUUUUUGGAUGGCUCUCAAAUACAUAUCUCUCUCUUUUUUAUGAUUAAUUUUCUCCCCCUCUCCCUGCUUUUGUUUUUCUUCUUCUUAACACGGAUUGGUAUAUAUUUCAAGUAAUAUUCCCCCCUUUUUUUUUUUUAGAAGCGGCAGACAGAAGAGGCAGUCACAUGGACCACAGAGUUACUACUGGCAGACAAGUCAACUAGCAAAACGUCUCACCACUCUGCUUAUAAGGGUCCUCCCAACGACUCCUGUUUCAGAAUCGUUCCAACAUUAGGAAAUUCAAACAACAGUCAAAUUCCCUGAGCCCAUUUGGAUACCAGCUCAAGAGCAUAUGCAAAGCAGGAAAUUAGCUGAUAGAUAAGAGACGAACAAACAUCACUAGCUGCCAGGUGUCUACCUGAAAAGAAGAACAUUCUCUGAGGUCAUCUUCACCAUACGACUUCCACCAUGGAUGAAAUGGACGCACCCCAGAUGAAGAAGGAAGUUGAAAGUCUGAAAUACCAGCUGGCCUAUAAGAGAGAGAUGUCUUCAAAGUCUAUACCUGAGUUGUUAAAGUGGAUUGAAGAAGGCGUACCAAACGAUCCCUUUCUUAACCCGGAACUAAUGAAGAAUAACCCCUGGGUAGAAAGAGGCAAAUGUAGCAUCCUGUAGAAGGACCGGAUGGAACCUAAUCCCACUCUGAAUGUACUUACUGAAAAUAAAAAAAAAAUACAAAAAUAAAAAUAGCUUACACAAAUGACAAUAGGGUAAAGAUAAGAAGUUUAGAUAUGCAUUAUAUGGCAUUGACCCGCAGAGCUUAAUAACAAACUAUAGCAACAGAAACAAGGGUGCUGGAAUCAUAUGGUGGUCUGAAUACUAAAUAACCAAUACACAGUGUGGAUGGACUGUGCGGUAGCAUUGCUGUAAUGAUUAGAUCUUGUUUUGUUUUUAACCUAAAAAUUAUAAUCUAAGAUUCUAUUUUUGUUUUUUUUGUUUGUUUAAAUGUUGCAAGAUGCUUUGCAGUGAAAGAAUUAGAAAAAAGGAUAAAUUGCACUUCUACGUACGCUGGUCGGCAGAUUUGUAUGACAGCAAUAAAAAGAGGCCGGCGCUUUCCCUGAAAAGCGCACAGUGCAAUAUUCAACGCGUAUUGCUCUGAUGUAGCGAAGCCCUGUUCCUGUACCAGGCAGACGUUACUUCUGGUCCUCCAUAUGCCAUGGAUCAGAUUUCCCAUAAUGCACAGUAAUCCUUUGGUUAACUAAGCAUCAUGGGAAAUUGCUUAUGCAAGGCCAAUGGCUGUCCUUCUGUGAUAUGUUACGCACCGUUACGUUUUCCAGGUUAGUCAUUGGAGGCGUAUGAAGUAACUAAAGCAAGAUGUUCCCCGUUUCUUUAUAUGCUUUUUGUUUAAAAAAACAAACAAACUUGAAAGCAAAAUAAUUUCUGAAAUUAGAAAUAUUCAUAUCUAAUAAACUCUGUGCAAUUUUUUU